GCCGCGUUUGUUCUGGUCUGGGGUCAGUCGGGGGUACAGGAAACGGUGGAGGAAUGCAGUUGACGGGGGCAUCGGCCCCGGGGGCAGCGGCGUCCCCGGAAUCCGGGGUAUCGCCGCUAGCCGACGCCUACACGAAAAUGACGAGCGACAUCCUCGCGGAAAGAACGCUGGGCGACUUCGUCAGCGAACAUCCAGGGGAGUUGGUCAGGACCGGUUCGCCGCAUUUCGUCUGCACCGUCCUCCCCGUUCAUUGGAGGUCGAACAAGACCUUGCCGGUCGCCUUCAAGGUGGUAGCUCUGGGGGAGGUCGGCGACGGCACCCUGGUCACGGUGAGAGCUGGAAACGACGAGAACUGCUGCGCCGAGCUAAGGAACUCCACCGCCCUCAUGAAGAAUCAAGUCGCCAAAUUCAACGAUCUGAGAUUCGUCGGCAGAAGUGGAAGGGGUAAAAGUUUCACCCUCACCAUUACGGUGUCUACGUCACCGCCCCAAGUCGCGACCUACACCAAGGCGAUUAAGGUCACAGUCGACGGACCUCGAGAGCCGAGAUCCAAGUCCAGUGAGUAUCACUUGCUGUCGCUUCUAGGGCAGCAGCAGCAGUUUCACGCUUUCGCGUUCGCUUCGCAACGCGGUGGGCCGUUUUUCGCAUCGCCUCUGGUGGACCCCCUGCAACCGCUACCGAACCCGCUUCAGCCACUGUCGAAUCCUCUGCAACCGAGGGACCCUCUGUCAUCGUUCAGACACGCGAUGCCGGCGAACUGUCAAAAUAUGUCUCAGUUUGGUUUGACGGCGACGAAUUCCUGGGGAUACGGAAGCGCCGCGGGCUACGCAGGAUAUCUUCCGGGCCCUCUUUCCUCCUGUGCGGCACAGGCUCCGUUUCCACCGCCACCGCCUCCGCCGUCGCUCGCCUCUUUCGCGGGGACAGCUUCGAUGGCCACCCCCGCCGCUCCCGAUUCCACCGCGGGAUCGACGGUCGUAACGGGAGCCACCAGUACGACGCCCCAGCAGGACGCCUUCUCCACCGUUUCAUCCCGUAAGAAUUUUUUGGGAAACAACUUCGUUGUGCCAGACACGACGACGCCGAGCCAACCGGAUCCCUUGGACCCGUUGAACACGCUAAUGUCCGGUUCGACGCAGAGGUACCAGGACUACGUUUCCCCGAGGUCGUUGUCGACGGAUUCCAGUACCACGGAAAGUCCGGUUCACGAAGAAGGAUUCGGCCAAAAUUACGGAAACUAUUUUCCCACUCCGAGCGUACUGCCGAGCAUACUUUACUCCCAGUUGUACACGAAUCAGUUCCAAAAUUCCGAAAACACCGAACAAAGAGUCGUGCCGGAAAGCUGCAGUGUACGACAGGAGGAAGUACGACCCGACAACAACGUAUGGAGACCCUAUUAACCGGCCCUGAUCUCAACGCGGCUGAUGAAAAUUGAUUCUCUAAAAAUCAGUGCAGUUCGUUUGAAACUUCCAUCGCGGUAUUUCGAGAGUGCUAAGUGGAGUUGACAUUUUCUCGUAUCGACCAGCCGAUUUGAAGGAUGAUUCAACGACGGUAGAGAUUGAAAAAGAAUCGUAGCAAUCCGACGGUAAUUAACAUGUUCGAUCAAACCCCAUAAAAUAUGGUUGCAGCAGCAUCAUACGGACACCGUGCGCGAGAAGCAGUAUUUUGAUUGAUGCAAUUCACUUGGCUCGAAUUUCGACGCCGAACGUACGUUCAAUUUACUGUCAUGUACAAAAAAAAAAAAAAAAAAAAAAAACAAACAAACAAAAAGGAAAUAAAAAAAAAAAGGAGAGAAAUGAAAUUGAAAUAAAAAAUGUGAGAAACGAUAUCGUAUUAAAUUCAUUCGGUUUAAUGAAAAAAAAAACUGUGGGCAUUAUAAUAAAUUUAAUGAUUUUAAUAACUUGGAAGAGAAGUCAAAUAAAUUGAGUCUAGGAUAUAAAAAAAAGAGAAGAGUCAAAAUAAAUGCGUAAAGAAAUAUAAACGAACAUAGUGAUCGGUCGGAGUGAUGAGAAUAUAAAAUUAAACCAAAGUGAUAAACAAUAAUAUAAUAACGUGGUGAUCGAUUCUUCAUUUUGUGUCAAAUUUUAAAUGCGGUUGUGGUACUCAACGAAUACUAUACUAUAGAGAGAGAGAGAGGGAAAGAGAGAG